GACACGCCUCUAUGUUCAGGGAACACCGCUUCAUACAUACACUGUUGUUAGCGACAUAGCCUCUACGGCCAAUUUCAUUUUUUGACAUUUACACCGGCUGCCACUUCUUAGAACUUAUUCUUUCCCGUCACGGACAGGUGAAUGCGCGGGUAGCGGUUUCCCGGCGGGCUCCCGAUUUACUGGUGGGUUAAAUUGUUGCUGGUGGCAGUCCUGCGAGCCCCUUGGAGUAUGCGUGUAAAAUGAAGAGGCGCGUGGAGGACCAGGAACCAAUAUUUGCACCCCAGCAACAGCAAACGCGUCGCCCGGUUCAAGGCAUUGCAGACAGCUUUCAGCACCGGGCCCUCGCGCCGGCCCCUUCCGCGGUAGAGGCACCUGCAGACAACAUGCAGCCCUCCCCCGGCAUCCAGUUCUCUCUCCCCCAAGGCUACCAGGUGCCCACAAUGCCCCAGAGCACGAGUGGACACGGACACAACAGCGCUGCUGCUGCGCACGUCGGCCCCCACGCUCACGCCCUGGCGGUGCAGUCCCAGGGCCCUGCGGUGGCCCAAGGUCACGUUCAUCCACCGGCACCCAUGACCUCAGCCCAAGGACAGCAGUUUCAGCGACUGAAGGUCGAAGACGCCCUGUCUUAUCUGGACCAAGUGAAGCUGCAGUUUGGGAACCAGCCCCAAGUUUACAAUGACUUCCUUGAUAUUAUGAAAGAGUUCAAAUCACAGAGCAUAGACACUCCUGGAGUCAUCAACCGCGUCUCCCAGCUGUUUAAGGGACACCCCGACCUCAUCAUGGGCUUCAACACGUUCUUGCCCCCCGGAUACAAGAUCGAGGUUCAGACCAACGACCUGGUCAACGUGACCACGCCGGGUCAGAUCCACUACAUCACCCCGCACGGCAUCUCUGUUCAGAACAUCCCCAUGAGCGGAGCGUCCAGCCAACCCGCCAGCCACAACCAGCACCAGAGUCUGCCACAGGCCGGCCCGCACACUGCCGCCGCCGGCGCCGCCAACACAGCCGCCACCUCCGCCCCGCCAACCCCCACCCUACCGGCUCCAAACAAAACCAGCAAGCCGGUUCAGUCUCCGGCGCACACGCCCACCAGCCAGCCCAACCCAUCCAUCCCCUCCUACGCCUCGCCGCGCUCCCCCUCCGUCCAAUCGCACACUCCCGUGAGCAGCACGCCGUCCGGCGGGCCGCCCCUCCAGAACAACCAGCCCGUGGAGUUCAACCACGCCAUCAACUACGUCAACAAGAUCAAGAACCGCUUCCAGGGUCAGCCGGACAUCUACAAAGCCUUCCUGGAAAUCCUGCACACAUACCAGAAGGAACAACGAAAUGCCAAAGAGGCAGCCGGCAACUACACCCCAUCGCUGACGGAGCAGGAAGUCUACACUCAGGUGGCGAAGCUCUUCAAGAACCAGGAGGACCUGCUGUCAGAGUUCGGACAGUUCCUGCCUGAUGCAAACAGCACGAUGCUGCUGGGCAAAAGUACACCCGACCGGGCGGAGUCGGUGCGUAACGAUCACGGCGGCACGGUGAAGAGACCUCUACUGAGCAACAAACAGCGUCUGAGCCAGAACGGCCUGCCGAUCAGGAGACCACCCGGAGUGGGAGUCCCGCCUGUCAAGAAAAAGCCCAAAAUAUUGGGGAAGGAUCACAGCAUGAUGGAGGCGGGCAAACACAGCACCAGCACUGAAACGAUGUUCUUCGAGAAGGUGAAGAAGGCUCUGCGGAGCUCCGAGGCUUACGACAACUUCCUGCGCUGUCUUCACAUUUUCAACCAGGAAGUGAUCUCUCGCGCCGAGCUGGUCCAGUUGGUCAUCCCGUUCCUCGGCAAAUUCCCGGAGCUUUUCACGUGGUUUAAAAACUUCCUGGGCUACCGAGAGUCGAGUCACGGCGAGUCGAGCCACAUGGAGAGUUUACCCAAGGAGCGAGCGACCGAGGGCAUCGCCAUGGAGAUCGACUACGCCUCCUGCAAGAGGCUGGGCUCCAGCUACAGGGCGCUGCCCAAAAGCUACCAGCAGCCCAAGUGCACCGGAAGGACGCCGCUGUGCAGGGAGGUUCUGAAUGACACGUGGGUGUCGUUUCCAUCGUGGUCCGAAGACUCAACAUUUGUGAGCUCCAAGAAGACUCAGUACGAGGAGCACAUCUACAGAUGUGAGGACGAGCGCUUCGAGCUGGACGUGGUGCUGGAGGCCAACCUGGCCACCAUCCGAGCCCUGGAGACGGUGCAGCGGAGGAUCUCCCGCAUGUCGGCGGAGGAGCAGCUGCGCUUUAAGCUGGACAACGCGCUGGGCGGCUCCUCCGAGGUGAUUCACCGCAAAGCCCUCCAGAGGAUAUACGGGGACAAGGCGCACGACAUCAUCGACGGACUCAAGAAGAACCCGGCUGCGUCGGUCCCCAUCGUGCUGAAAAGAUUGAAGAUGAAAGAGGAGGAGUGGAGAGAAGCCCAGAGAGGCUUCAACAAGAUCUGGAGGGAGCAGAACGAAAAGUAUUACCUGAAGUCUCUCGACCACCAAGGCAUCAACUUCAAGCAGAAUGACACCAAGGUGCUGCGCUCAAAGACCUUGCUCAAUGAAAUUGAGAUGCUGUAUGACGACCGCCAGGAGCGAGCGUCGGAGGAAGCGGCCGCGCCCCCACCGGGCGGCCCCCACUUGACCCAGACCUACGACGACAGCCAGAUCCUGGAGGACGCCGCCGCCCUCAUCAUCCACCACGUCAAGAGGCAGGUCGGCAUCCAGAAAGAGGACAAGUACAAGAUCAAGCAGAUCAUCCACCACUUCAUCCCCGACCUUCUGUUCGCGCGGCGGGGCGAGCUCUCCGACGUGGAGGAUGAGGAGGAGGAGGAGGAGGAGGACGAAGACGUGGAGUUGGACCCGGACGGCCCCAAGAAGCACAACGGCCUGCCGGGCGGCAGCCCGUCAAAGUCCAAGCUCCUCUUUGGCGGCGCGGCGGCCCAGAGGGCGCGCGGCACCGAGGACGCCUACACCGUGUUCUUUGUCAACAACUACUGGUACAUCUUCCUCCGCCUGCACCACAUCCUCUGCUCCCGCCUGCUGCGGAUCUACGGCCAGGCCGAGAAGCAGAUCGAGGAGGACGCCCGCGAGCGAGAGUGGGAGAGAGAAGUUCUGGGGCUCAAACGGGAGAAGAACGAAAAUCCGGCAAUCCAACUGAAGAUGAAGGAGCCGCUGGAUGUGGACGUGGAGGACUACUACUCGGUGUUCCUGGAGAUGGUGCGUAAUCUGUUGGACGGGAACAUGGAGCCGACGCAUUACGAGGACUCCCUGAGGGAGAUGUUCACCAUCCACGCCUACAUCGCCUUCACCAUGGACAAGCUCAUCCAGAGCAUCGUCCGGCAGCUCCAGCACCUCGUCACCGACGACGUGUGCUCGCGCGUCACCGACAUGUACCUGAGCGAAAGCGCCAACAAGGCCACGGGGGGGCCUCUGUCCACGCAGGCGUCCCGGGCGGCGGCCGAGGGGGCCUACCAGCGCAGAGCGGAGCAGCUGAUGACGGACGAGAACUGCUUCAAGUUGCUGUUCGCGAAGAGCCGAGGAGCCGUCAGUCUGUCGAUGGAGCUGCUGGACACGGAGGAGGAGAACUCGGACGAGCCGGCGGAUGCAGAGAGGUGGUCGGACUACGUGGGCAGAUACCUCAACUCCGACUCUGCGUCCCCGGAGCUGCGCGAGCACCUGUUCCAGAAACCCGUGUUCCUCCCCAGGAACUUGCGGCGGAUCAGGAAGUGCCAGAGAGGCUGGGAGCGGCUGCAGCAGCAGCGGAUGAACAAGGCGCCUUCGGAGAAGCUUCCGGACGGCGAGCUGGAGAUGCAGUGCAUGUUCAAGCUCAACUCCUACAAGAUGGUCUACGUCUGCAAGUCGGAGGACUACAUGUACCGGCACACGGCGCUCACGCGCGCCCAUCAGUCCCAGCAGCGGGUCAACACGCGCCUGCACAGGCGCUUUCACUCCUGGCUGGACGGCUGGGCCGAGCAGCACGUGAGCGCCGACAUGGCCGCCGACAACCGCAAGUGGCUGAUGGGCGAGCGGCGAGAGGCCCUGCUGCCGUGCGCCACCACCCGCUGCCCCGAGGUCCUCCACUACAUCCCCGUCAACAAGUACCGGGUGACGUACCGGACGCUGUAGGCUCCGCCCCCCCCCGCCGCCCCCCUUUUCUUCUCUCUCUGGAGGACGAACUGUCUGCCCGCCGCGGCGGCGUGCACGUCCAGGGGCCUCGUGCAGGAGUCGGGAAGUCGGAAGCCAAAAUCCCGGAACUUUGAUGCUCGCGCUGUAGUUUCCGUGAAGCGUCGCGUCAAAAGAAAGAAGCCUGUCUCAGAAAUCACAAUAUUAUAUUACAUGUAGAGUAGUUUUUAUUUAUUUUUAAAAAUAUGACUGUUUUUGAAGAAAUUCACAAUUGGAACAAGAAAGGUGGUCGUAAGUAUUUCAUUCUUUUGAAAACCACAAAACACAGAAGGAGCCUCGGUGUGGGUUUCCAUGGCAACUUGUAUUCAGCCUGUGAAUGUUUUUCUUUUCUUAGGUAAAGGUGCAGUGAGGCACAAUAAUUAUAUAUAUAUAUAUAUAAUUAUUGUGCGGCUCAGCAGCAGUGUAUAUAUCGUGUAUGAUCAUUUAUGACCGCCCAAACAUUUUUGUGUAAAUAUGUUGUUUACAUCUAGAUCUCCUUUUAAUCCGACGGCAUCGCUGUGUAGCAUUAACACACACACACACACACACACACACACACGUUGAGAAUCAGCCUCUGGCUAAAUACGCAGAACGAUGUUCUUUUAUACGCGUUUCUACCUUCAGUCUUUGGCCUCGGUGUCACUCGUGGUUUUGAGGUGAUUGAAUGUAGCAGAGCCGUAGUCUCUCCUUCUUCUUUUUUUAUUAAGUAAAGUUCAAAAAGCCCAAACCGUUUCUCCUAGUUAAACUUUACCAAAUGGUCAGAAUCUGACCCGCGGUGAACGCUGAACACGAGCUGUGUUGAUCUUUCACUCUUGCAGUUGUCGUUUGUGUACAGAAGGUCUAUAUUUGAACGUGUGUUGUACAGUUUAGCGAUGAAGAAAACAAGCGAGCAGUAAUAGUUCCUUUAGUUGUUCAGAACUCUGUGUUUCUCGCUGAAAAUACAAAUGUGACCGUUGGCUUCCCUUUUUGCAAAGAGGGACGUAAACAAAGCGUUUUUAUUGCCUUUUCUCGUCCGCAGCUUGUUAAAUAAAACUAGAGACGCUGCCGGUAACGUUCGCCGCUUCGGGGAGGAUGUUAAAUUCUAAAUAUCGCCGCGGAAGCAAACGUCUUUUCUCCGUAUUCGACCUCCGGAGCGAAAUGUGAUCGUCUUUCAUUCGUCAAUGGAAGCGAACGCACCAAACGUUCCCGCCGAGGCUUCAGGCUCCACCGAGAGACGUUUCCGGCUACAGACAAUCCCGGAGACAGUUUAAUACUUUUUAUUUUUGUAUUUACUGCGUUUUAAUAAGGAGUACCACAGGACGUCCCCGGGGAGAUGAUUGUACAUAAAGACGUUGUUUGUACCUCGUUUUAAUGUGUGACUUUUAAGAUGUUGUACAUGAGUGUUCGUAUGGUGUUUGGCAUUAAACUCUCCUUUCAAUCCGCACAAACUCG